AUGGACUUUCUCGAUUAUCAAACUUAUGGACUAGAAGAUACUACCACCAAUGAUUCUUCGCUUCCAGAGCCAGCUUCAAGGAUCAAAAUCCAGUCCGAACGGUCGUCCAUACAUCUAGAGAAUGAUUUCCAAUUGCCAGACCUGAAAGCGACCAAUCAGACCGGAGUGUCUAAUUCCAGCACAAGCUUGCAAGGCCGCAUGCAGAAAUAUGCCUCUCUUUCUCUUGAGCUGCUCACGGCGUCGGAGAUUCCUCAGUAUACGGGUGGAGAAUCUACCCCAUCUUCCAAGGGAACCUUGCCUAGAGGUGAUAGUCUAAAACAGCUAUUGAAAAGCAAAGAAGAUACUGCCAGUGACGCAGAUCUUCUUUUGUCUAAAAAACUUUCUAGAGUGUUAAGCAAUUACUCCUCUGGUCCGCUGUCAAACAUCCAGUUGCGGAAAUCGUUUGAGAUUCUAGAGGACAACAGAGAGAAACUCAAAUUCAAAAGUGAUACCAUUGUGCGUGCUGAUUAUCUUGGAUUUCUCGCUAGGAAGUCGUUGAGAAGUGAAUUAGAGAACGAGCUGCUGCGAUCCCAUUUAACAAUCAUAGAAGAGCUCCAACCAAUUGUCAGACGGGUCAAAAAGAUUUCUCAACCAGUGAAAUCAUUACAAGAAAUGGGAAGCAACGUCUUGUCAGAGCGAAGCUCUCAGAAUUCAAAGAAGUUAAAUUUAGACAUGGAAGCCAUCUUCGAGUUGCGCAAAAACAUUGAGGAAUUGCGUCUCAAAAAACAACUCCUAGAUGUAAUACGGGAUAAACUCACCCUUACGCAGUUGGAAGAAGAAAUUUUGGUCAACGCGCCAGUCAAUGAAGAGCUUUUUAAGGUCGUGAACAAACUGAUGGCAAUAAAAGAAACCGCUUCUUAUCUACUCUCUCUGGAAAAUCCAAAGGCAGGUCAAACGCUUUUGACACAAGUCAAUUCCAAAAUGGAAAGAGCUAAUAAACGCAUUUACAACUAUUUGGUGAAUUUCUUCCAUGAUUUGCAUACCACCUCCAAGACAUUCGGAGAGCGUGCGUUCGCCUCAGAUGACAAGAGCCUGAUGACUUUCCAGAAAUGCAUGGUCUACUUGUCAAAUGAUCUCCCACUUUUCAAUGAGGUGCUUAACAAAAUUGUAAAGUUGAGGUCCCAACGCGUACUUAACGAAUUUUUGUCCCAGUUUGAUUUUGAUUCUUCGAAGGGCUCAAAACCAAUCAUAAUGUCCGCUCACGAUCCUGUACGUUAUCUGGGUGAUGUCCUUGCCAAUGUCCACUCUCUAAUAGUUGACGAAGCCGACUUCAUGGCCUCAAUGUUCAAGUUUCAAGAAUUAGACAUUCAAGGUACUCCAAAGUCACUACUUCAAGAAAACGGAGAGUUUUUGGAUGGAUUAGGCGUGAAGCUACUUAAUGAGACUUUUAAGCCAUCGGAAAACUCUAUAAGAAUACGAUUGGAACAAAUUAUAAGAUUUGAAGACAACCCGCUGGUGAAUUUUGAUAUUUGUGAGCUACUGAAACUAUACGAAAUGAUGUUCAUUAAAUAUGGAAUUUUCCCGGACUCUUCAUUGAUAAAGCAUUUAGAUUCCUUGAAAGAGAGUGCAGGGAAUGAAAUUCUCACUGGAAUUCUUAAAUUAAUGGACUCUGAACGGAAGGCAGAGACCGAAAACGGGCUUUUACCUCCGGAAUGGCUGUCAGACUACUUGAAUUCACUGUGCGAAUUCUUCUCAAAGCUUGAAAAAAGCGGAAGUCUUGAGGAAUCCCAAUCUGUCGUAGAUGCCAGCUUCAUUAAGAAGACCGUGGGACAGCUAGUAUAUGGCAAGAUAUUAGAAUAUCAUCAGGAUAAAUUCCCCCUGGCUAAGAGGAAUCGAAAGGAAAAAAUAUCAAUGUUGCUCUCAGAAAUUAAUUGCCUAGACUUGGUUUUGGCCAGAAUCACGCCAUACAAGAGUAGCAUUUUCCAAGUGUUGGCUUCUGGUGAUGUAUAUGGAAACAUUGACGCUCAAUUGGAUCAGUCAGUUAAAAGUGCGAUAAAUUUGGAAACCACUGAUCUCUUUGAGAAGAUGGGCUUAGCCCUUUAUUGCAAUCUUUUCAACAUGAUCUUCCCUGUCGAGUCAGUAGAGGACGAGUUGGAUUAUGAAAUGUACUUCCCGGCGAGGGAUAAUCCGAUCAUGAGCGUAGAGACAAUUGGGACAAAUGUUCAUGAUAAGCUCAAUGAAAGUUUGCCUGAUAUCUCGAAUGAUAUCCAGGACAAUCUGAUUUUCAACAUUAUUUCUCCCAAGAUUGCUGAUCGCAUUUUGCUUGGCUGUCUUCAAAACUUAUCGAAAUUUUACGAGGUGUUUAGAAAAUCGCUGCAACAGCUGUACCCGGAUGCGCAAGAGGAAAUCAUUGGAAUUCUAAACUUUACAGAGCAGGAAUUUAACACACUUAUAGGUCUGAGUUAA